AGGAAGGAGGAGGAGGAAGUGGUCAGCAGCACCCGGGGUCCCAGAUUGCCCACGGUGAUGUUGGCCAGGCGGGUGCUUGGGACCUCACGCAGGGCGGCGCUAGGAUCGGUGGAGGCUGCGCUUGGCGGUUUGAAGUCAAUAUGGGGAAGCAGCCAACAUUUUUGCUCUGCUCUUUCUAAGGGUGUCACAUAUAGGGAACUAAAAAACCUGUUGAGCUCCAAAAACAUUAUGUUAAUUGAUGUUAGAGAUACGUGGGAAGUUCUUGAGCAUGGAAAAAUACCUGGAUCAAUCAACAUACCAUUGGAUGAGGUGGGGGAAGCUCUACAGAUGAACUCAAGGGAUUUCAAAGAGAAGUACCAUGAAGUGAAGCCAUCCAAAUCCGACAGCCUAGUGUUUUCUUGUUUUGCUGGAGUGAGAAGUAAGAAGGCUAUGGACACAGCAAUAUCACUGGGCUUUAACAGUGUUCAACACUAUGCUGGGGGAUGGAAAGAAUGGGUAACCUAUGAAAUUUCCGAGAAGAAACAAGAAAAUUGAGUUCUGGAAUAAGAGAACUCUGUCCUGUGUUCAUACAUCCAAGGACAGUGGAUGAAGCCAAAGAAAUCUCCAGUCUUGGCACCAAAGGAUAUGCUCGGCAACUGUUUUCCUCCUCUGUGAACCCAAGACACUGCUCCCCUGAACACUUUCAGUCUACUGAGAACUGCGAUAAUAUGAAUUGCCAUUGACAUAUACAGAUUCUACAGUUAAUUUUUAAGUGUUUGGUAUUCCAAAGGAUCAGGUAGCUUGUGUGACCUAAUCAUGUGCAGUCAUGCUAUAAGCAGGUGUGUUAACAAGCAGUCCCAAUCUUAAACAAUAACUAAGCAUUGGUUUUAGGCCCAUACUUGUAGUUCCAAUGCUCAGUAGAUUGAGAUAGGCAGAUUGCUGUAAAUUUGAGGCCAGACUAUAAAUUUGAUAUUCUGUUACAAAAGAAAAGAAAAGAAAAGAAAAGAAAAGAAAAGAAAAGAAAAGAAAGAAAAAGAUCUGGGGUCCAGAGACGUACACUCUGAACAGGAAAACACAUUCACAGCGUCUGAAGACUCAGGACAACAUGUGGCCAGAAUAGAAACAAUGUAACUAAUUUUAAAACUUCAGGUCAGGGCUGGAGAGAUGGCUCAGAGGUUAAGAGCACUGGCUGCUCUUCCAGAGGUCCUGAGUUCAAUUCCCAGCGACCACAUGGUGGCUCACAACCAUCUGUGCUGAGAUCUGGCACCCUCCUCAGGCGUGCGGGCAUACAUAGAGACAGAAUGUUGUAUACAUAAUAAAUAAAUAAAAAAUUAAAAAAAAAACUUCAGGUCAAUGUGAGGAUAAAAGUUGCAUGGGUUAUGACUGUGGAAGGCAAACGAACCUGGAAGAGGUCAGGAAAUUUUGUAGGCUAGUAGACUGUCUAUGGUAUGACUGAAUUGUCAGGAGUAUGCGUGUCAAACCCCAUCAAAGCAAACACAAAGACAUGGUAUUACAAGAAAUAUACCUCAAUUUGAAAACUAAUAAAAACAAAUAUUUAUACCAUCUUGACUCCUUCUAGGGUGCAUGUAUGUUUUUAGAAUGUUAAAUUAUAUGCUUGUUAGUGUGCUGGCUUAAUCGUAACAAAGUAAACUUGUGUUUUCUUGUUUUUU